GCCAGUCCACAACGGAGGACAAUCCUACAGUGGGGAAGAAGCUUCCAUCAAAAUCCGUCUCCAUCCUGCUUCAUUUCGGGAAAGAGUACAUUUUAAAAAGCAAGAACAUAGUCUACACGUUCUGAGCUUUUGGCAAUAGCAAUAUCGUUGUGUUCUGAAAAAGACAUAGGUAUAAAAGGGAUGGUGAACGUUGGAUUGUUACAGAAGGAAUUUAAUCAUCUUCUAUUAUUCAGGGGAGGGGGGCGUCUGAAUAAAGGAGUUUGUAUACCAGCAAAGUAAGGUGAUAUUUGGGGUGGUUAGGUAACCAAAGAGAGCAAAAACACCCGGGUGGAUUCUUCAAAACAACACAUUCUGAAGAUUGCUUCGUAAGAAUAGCAUUGAACCAUGGAAUUAAGAGUGGGAAACCGAUACAGGCUGGGAAGGAAAAUUGGAAGUGGAUCCUUUGGAGACAUCUAUUUAGGCACAGACAUCUCAGUGGGAGAGGAGGUGGCCAUCAAGCUGGAAUGUGUGAAGACCAAGCACCCACAGCUCCACAUCGAGAGCAAGAUCUACAAGAUGAUGCAGGGAGGAGUGGGCAUCCCUACAAUAAAGUGGUGUGGAGCAGAGGGAGACUACAACGUGAUGGUGAUGGAGCUGCUUGGCCCCAGUCUGGAGGACCUGUUCAACUUCUGCUCCCGCAAGUUCAGCCUCAAGACUGUCCUGCUGCUGGCUGACCAGAUGAUCAGCCGGAUUGAGUACAUCCACUCUAAGAACUUCAUCCACAGAGAUGUGAAGCCUGACAACUUCCUGAUGGGCCUGGGCAAGAAGGGCAACCUGGUGUACAUCAUUGACUUUGGCCUGGCCAAGAAGUACCGCGACGCCCGCACACACCAGCACAUCCCCUACCGCGAGAACAAGAACCUGACCGGCACGGCACGCUACGCAUCCAUCAACACACACCUGGGGAUAGAGCAGUCUCGUCGUGAUGACCUGGAGUCUCUGGGUUACGUCCUGAUGUACUUCAACCUGGGCUCUCUGCCCUGGCAGGGCCUCAAGGCCGCCACCAAGAGGCAGAAGUACGAACGCAUCAGUGAGAAGAAGAUGUCCACCCCUAUCGAGGUGCUCUGCAAGGGAUACCCAUCUGAGUUCUCCACCUACCUGAACUUCUGUCGCUCUCUGCGGUUCGAUGACAAGCCGGACUACUCGUACCUGAGACAGCUGUUCAGAAACCUGUUCCACAGACAAGGCUUCUCCUACGACUACGUCUUUGACUGGAACAUGCUCAAGUUUACUGCCCCUAAUUCCAAGGGGGCCAACCGUGCAGCGGAGGAGGCGGAGCGGGAGCGGAGGGACAGAGAGGAUAGGCUGAGACACGGCAGAAACCCUGGGGCCAGGGGACUCCCGGCCGCCUCAGGACGACCCCGAGGAACACAGGAUCCGGCGCCACCUACACCCCUCACACCCACCUCACACACAGCCAACAUGUCUCCACGACCGGCGUCCGGUAUGGAACGAGAGAGAAAAGUGAGCAUGCGGCUUCACCGGGGAGCUCCCGUUAACGUCUCCUCGUCCGACCUGGCGGGACACCAGGACACCUCUCGCAUGUCCACCUCACAGAAUAGCAUUCCCUUCGACAAUCACGCCAACUAGAUGCUCGCCAUAUCCUUGUGUGAUGGCCCGAUGGCCACACUGGUUGGUGUCUGGCAUGAUUCCUGGUGGCCUCCACUCUGCAGUGCCUCGAUGAGACAAGACCCACAAUGCCACUGGCACAGCAGAGGGCUGCACCAAGCCUGGCUCAACCAAUCGGCAGCCAGCUCGCUAACUACUACAGAAAACAUCGGAAGACCACCUCUCUCCUGACCUGGCAGUGUCUGGUUGUUCCUUUCUUUCACACUAGUUAUCUUGUUCCUUGCCCACUCAGUCUCUCUCUCGCUCCCUCUAUGCUCUCUUUCUAGCUUUCUCUGUACUCUCUCCUGAACACUUACAAUUGUUUCGAUAAAAAAAACUUGGAAAUAAGUACCACAUCUGCGACCUCUUUUCCCAGAGACAUUUUCCAUGCCUGUGCAGAAACUGGUCUUCGCUGUGAUGGCGAUCUAACCGAGUUCUUUUAAGACUGAAACGACAAACAGAACAACAACAACUGCCACCGUUAUUGCCGUGGUUACUACUCCUCAUCCAUGGCACUUUGUCAAUAAAGACAUUAAUUUCUACUCCCACUGUACAUUACUACAUAAUAAAUCUGAUAUGAAAAGAGCUGAUCCAAGAUUGAGGCUCUGUUUUAAAUGGGUCGUUUUGGGUGUACUGCUUUUCAUUUGUACUUAUUUACAGAUCUGUUUUCUCUGACCACCAGCUGGUUUUCUAUUGUUUUCACAGCUCUGGUCUGUAACUCUAAAGCCAUUUGUAAUACAUACUAUUUGCAUGUUUUAACACUCGGCCUCCCUUUGAACUGCUGAUAUGUAGGGUUUUAACUCUAAAUCACAUCUGAAAUUCUCAUCUGUAUUUCUAGAUGGGGUUUUAUGGUCAAAGUUGCUCAAGUUGUAUAUGUAUAGGAGGGCCCCGUAAAGGUUUCCUUUUCUCCCCAACCAAGACAGUCUCUCAUGGACUACUGUACAGAUCUACAUGCUCAUUUCCUGUUAUUUGUAAUAUUUCUAAGCUGUGAAAUACAUGUAAUAUAGAUGUUUACUUUUUGAGGUGAAUUUGGGUUGGGUUUCUUAAAUUGGGUCUGCUCAAAAGUGUGACAUCACUGUCCUAUAAUCGGUCUGGUUCGGUCCAGUUUUGGGCUGUCAUAAUCAUUGUCCGUGCCCAGGCUUGUUCUGCGUCUGUCCAAAAAGAUGAAGUGCAGGAUUGUUUUAGUUUGAGAGCACUCACACAAAGACUUACCAGUGUCAGUUUAAAAUGGCAGCCAUUUAACAAUGAUUUUGUUUUAUUGAUUGUGAACUGACAUUUUUAUAUUUCCUUAUUGUCUCCAUGAUGUGAACACUGGUGUUAUUUUUACAUGUUUUGAGAAAUAAAAUGGUGCUGCACUGAUGUGGCUACAAGCAGAGGCACGUGCACUUAACUAAACAUCUGUGUUUACUUUGUAUCUCCUGAUAAAUUAACCGAUUGACACUUCUCCUGGGUGGGCUAUGGUCUUUGACGUUCAAGUCAAUGGUCGCGUUACCCUGUUCAGACGUUGCAUGCAUCAACCAAUGAUUGCGUGCCACAUCGACUGCUGUCGGGCACGAGAUCGCUAUAACAUCUGGUUAGCUGAUACGUUAAAUACCUAUCCAUGCUUUGUAAGAUCUGACAUGCGUCAGCAACACCUGGACAGAGUAACGCGCCAAAUCUCUACUGAUCUUCAGCAAAGAGUGUGGAGCAAGAGUUUGGGAUAUUCAACUCAACCUCAGUCAGCAAAAUUUGUAUUUUUAGGGUCUGCACAGCUGAAUCGUUACCAUGGUUUACCCCUAUAGAACAAUUUUAAUGCAGGCCUGAUUCCUGACUAGUCAUUUUAUCCUAUGGUUUAACCCAUGGGCAGUUUGGUCAAUCACUGACUCACCCUUCUAUGUGUAACUAACAAAGCUACCAGCUCUGAAAUAAUAUUACUUUAUCUCUCAUUUGUACUUGCCACUGUAUUUGUGUACUUUAAAAACUGUAAAUAAAUUAAGUACUUGUA